UCCUGUAAAAGCUAUCUACUGUUGUUUAACAGUUACAAGUCUCAACCCAAAAAAAUUGAUCUGCUAUGGCCCACUCUUUACUGGUGAUAGUGGAUUCUAAUCUGGUAACAACUCACCUCUCACUUGUCUGUUUUCCUUGCUUGUAUAUCUACACAGAGAGAAAGAGAGAGAUAGAAAGAGAUGGCGUGUAGGAUUGGAACUGCACAGGCCAUUUCACAAGCGAAGCAGCCACACCAACUAACAUAGAAAAGGCUAACAGAUCAUAAUGGCAACAGAGGAGCCUGAAAAUGAGCCCUCACAAGCUCACAGCUGCAGAUGUGAUCCAUCUUCUCCUUAUGGCAACAAUUCCUUCAUCUCUCCCCUUCUUUACAUCUCUCAGAAACGCAAAAUCCUUUUUUUUAUUGUUUUUAUUUGUUACUGAUAGGAUGUCACAGAUACGUCUCUUCGCUUCUGUAAUUUCGGCUCACAAACCAAUGCUGCUGAGUUUAUUCUGUCAUCUCUCCUUUUACCUGUAAAAAGUCUCUUUUUUAUUGUAAUCCAUGCUCCUAACUUUCUGUCAUUUUCUCUUCUGCCUCUAUCUCUCUCUCUCUCUAUUCGAAUCCAUAGGUUACUUAUUCAUUCAUUCAAUAGCUUUUUAGGACAACUUUCCGAUACCAACCAAUUUUAGCACUCUCUCUCUUGCUCCUGACUACAUUUAACACUGGACACCAAACUUACAAGAAAGCUCUAAUGGUUCAUUAUUUCUUCUCAGUUAAAGCUCAAAGACGCGUCCAUUACCUCCUCACGUUCUUUCUGAUCUUCCUCACUCUAUCCCUGCUCCCAUCCUUAGCUCCAGGUAAGCCAUUACUUAAACUCUCAGAAGAUACUCAUGAGGGAGAAGGGAAGGAUGAAAUUGUUGAGGGAUCAAUGAUUGGAUCGAGACCUCCACUAUGCAUUGGGAUUUGCAGAGCUUGCGGCCGCUGUGAGGCAAUACAGGUGCCCGCAAUUCCUCAACAGAGGAACGUAGGUGGCAAGGUAUUUGCGCCAAUGAACGUUAUCAGAGGUGAUUACAGCUCUAACUAUAAGCCUUUGAGCUGGAAGUGCAAAUGUGGAGAUCUGAUUGUUAAUCCCUGAUCGAUGAUGGAAGCUUUUGACUUUUUAAUUAUGUGGAUAUACUGAUUCAUGUCGUGGAAAACCAAAAAAAAGGCUUUUUUUGUGUUCCUGAUCUUGCUGAUUCCUAUUCUUCAAAGUUAAAAACCGGAAGGUUUGCAACAAAGCAAACUAAGCUUUCUAUUGUUUGUUGACAUAUUUAAUUGUCAAUAUGCUAUGGCUUCCAUGGUUUUGUUGUGUCAUCCUGAUUGCAUUAUUUGUUAGAUGGAGUUUUUUUGGUUUCUAUCAACUUAAUU